AUGACUUUCUCCAUCUUCUCUUCCUCGACAGCAAUUAUUGUCAGUAUCGUUGUUGCUAUUCUGGCCAUUCUGUAUCGUGCCGCGCUACCCAAACCAAUACCUGGGAUUCCCUACAACUAUGCAUCCUCCAGAAGCAUAUUUGGUGACAUACCAAGCAUGGUGAAAUGGAAGAGAGACACGCGGGAGACAUUUACAUGGAUGACGGAACAAUGUAAUAAGUUGAAUGCCCCAAUGGUUCAAAUCUUUGUCAAACCAUUCUCUGCCCCUUGGGUUAUAGUUGUCGAUGCGAGGGAAUGCCAAGACGUUUUGACGCGGCGCUCAAAGGAGUUUGACAGGUCUUCGUUCACUACAGACGUUGUUCAGCCCAUACUAAGGGAACACCACUUUCCAUUUCCCUCGGGUCCAAAGCAGAGAGCCCACCGCGCUCUGCUCUCGGACUUGAUGACCCCGGCAUUUCUUAAUGAGGUUGCGGCGCCUCAGCUUUACAGUGCAACUUUGGAACUGUUGCAGCUCUGGCGUAGGAAAAUGGUUCUUGCUAACAACCACCCAUUCCCCGCGGAAGAAGACGUUGCCAAUGCAGCUCUGGAUACAAUCUGGGCUGCUGCCGUUGGCUCCGAAGCGGGCACUACCAGGUCUCAAUUGGAUCUUCUUACCCAGUGUUCUAAGGUCGAACUUGCCGACAAUCCCGAUCUCCCAGUUUCCUUCCCCCAGGCGCCCACGUCAGACGACGUUGUGUCCAUUAGGACCGUGAUUGACAGUAUGGAAAUCGGACUAGCUUCUCCACUCCCUGGACUCAGUUAUUUCUUCUACCUAAAGAUCCCUCGCAUCAGGAGAGCAUUUAAUAGGAAAGAUUUGAUGCUUAGCAAUGCUCUCAAAGAUUCUCGAGACCGACUUGGAAAUAGCGAAAGUGGCAACUUUCCAGUGAAGUCCGCCAUGGACUACGUCCUGCGUCGGGAGAUUCACCAAGCGAGGAAAGAAGGCAGACCGCCUCGACUAGACGCCACAGUGCUUAAGGACGAACUCUUCGGGUUUUUAUUAGCUGGACACGAGACGACUUCUACGACUUUGAUGUGGGGGCUGAAGUUCUUGACAGAUCACCAAGAUGUUCAAAGCACACUCCGUGAAGCCAUACGAGACGCUAUGCCUGACGCCGCCGCUGAGGGGAGACAACCUACUUAUAGCGAGAUCACUGACUCCAAGAUGCCAUACUUCAACGCUGUGGUCGAAGAGAUACUACGCUGUGGAGGCACUGCUGCAACGCACGCCCGAAAGAGCUUAGUUGCAACCGACUUGCUUGGCGUUCAUCUCUCCAAGGGCACAAAUGUCUUGUUCAUGACCAAUGGCCCAUCUUUUGUUUCUCCGCCUAUGCCCAUCGACGAGAGGUUGAGGAGCCAGAGCUGCCAGGAGGCAAAGGACAAGAUUGGGGAGUGGGACCCCCUAGACAUGGCCCAAUUCAACCCCGAUCGCUGGUUGAAGACAGAUAGCGAUGGUCGGAUUGAGAUCGACAUGCAAGCAGGUCCCAAUACGCAAUUUGGUGGGGGUGCUCGCGGCUGUUUUGGCAAGAAAUUUGCAUAUCUGGAAAUGCGCACCGUCUUGACCAUCAUUGUUUGGAACUUCAAAUUCUUGCCAGUGCCUGCAGAGCUUUCCUCUUAUAGUGCAGUCGACUCAGUUGCUCAUGCGCCUCAGCAGUGUUAUGUUCGGCUAGCCCCCGCUUGAGAGCGAAUUUAGACAGAGCGCCCAGACUAUAUGUGAUUGCCCUGGCAGGUUUCCAGAAGGGAUAUAUAGUACAGUGUCUUCAACGGUCGGUCGUCUUUCGAUAGUGCAGCGGAGACUGAUCGAGAUUGUAGACGCAUCCAGGUCAAGGGAGGCAAGAGUGCAGGUGUGAAUUUGCAUCUUGAGCAUCUGGAUGAGUUGUGAAAAUAUGAGAUGCACACUUCAAGGUGGGAUAGCUCGCUAUGUUCUGGUUAUAGCAUCUGAAUAUCUGUCACUCAUUAUAACGAAACGGGGGCUGAUGCUUGAG